UUAAAGACAUAUAAUUUAGAUAAUAAAAACAUGUAAUUUUAAUGUUACCAAACAUUUUAUUAAGUUAUGAUUUAUUUAAAUAUUUUACUGAGAUUACAACAUUAAGUUGUAUAACCAAUGCCCGUAUAAUAGGGGACACAUGAAUUUGUAUUAACACUUUUGUAUAGUUUAAAAUAUAUGUGAUAAAUCCAUUAAUAACAUUUGUUAUACAAUCAGGUUUAGACUGAAGUCACUUGUGUCCAUAGAUCUGAUUAAAAGUGCUCAAACAUUUUUUGUAUUUGUAUAUAUAUGAAUUCUUCUUCCGAUUGAGGAUAUAGCCAUAUUUCUAGAGCAUGAAGAUAAGAAAUACCAGUUACAGUUUCUUUUCCAAAAAAGAAAAACCCAUAAACUUUCCACCUAGAUAUGGCACACAAAACAUUAAAUUUAGGGAACUCUCACUGCAGUUGUACAUUUCAUGAGUGUUUUCUGAGCCCCAGAUAUGCACAUUGUGAAUGUUCACAGGUCCCCUCAGGUGAAAUGUUGAUUGAUCACUGAAAAUUACAAUAUCCGGAAAAUCUUUAUUGUCGUGCAACAAAAUUUUGUUUGUAAAAUUUACACAUAAACCAUAGUCUGCAGGUUUUAGAGCCUAUAACAACAUAAGAACGUAGUGAAAACUUUCCAAACAACCAUCACUGGAAUUGAUGAUUCACAACUAGAUUUCUGAAAUGAUUUCUGUGGGCUAUGCGUGAAAGUCUCUCUCACUCGCUCAACACUCUCUUCACCAACUGUUGCUCAUCCAGGGGGGUUUACUUCUCGCUGGUUUAUACUUUCUAGUGGAACCCACACUGGGCACAGCAAAAACUGAUAUGUCUCUUAAAUCUGGUAAACCUUAUGGAUGCCCAGAAGCGCCACAUCACUAACCGCAAAUGUGGGGUGCAAGGGUAAUUCGAUAGGUGUAGUGUAGGUAGGUGUGUGUGUAGGUAGGGUGUGUGUUCGGUAGGUGUGUGUUGUGUGUAGGUGUAGUGUGAGAGAUGACGGUUGGAGUUGGUAGGGUUUGUUUCCUAAGAGUCAAAGGUUCUUGCUAGCCUAGACAUAAAUUACUACAGAUUCGGUCUUUGUAAACUGCAGUACACAAAACAUCUUCUUUUCAUGAAUCGCCUUUUUCGCUUCUAGUAUUCUGUAUCAGAUGGCGGUUGAGUCUGCAUGUACACAGGUGACAACAAACAAAACUGUUUCAGUUGCUCUUUGAUUUGAUGUAUGAAUUACAUUUUUAAGUUAUAUGUAAAAGACUACAAAGCGUUAAAAUUGUGAUAUUUAUUUAUAAACACCAUGUAUUUCCAAGUAUUUAUACUGUUUGUAGGCGUGACCCCUGAAAGAUCAUCACUACAGAUGCACUCCCACAUCUGGCCACUGCAACCCUGCUACAUGGAUGCUUUCAGUCCAGAAAAUACUUAAAAAUAUUUUAAUAUUUUGAAAUAAUAUUACUCCUAUGAUAUUUUUAUCAAAUAAUAAUUAAUACAGAGUCAAUGGAAUAAAAUAGUUUUGGUGAUACUAUAAGACCUACCAGUAGCUACACUUUUAACCUGGACUCCAUUGACUGCCUUCAAGUUUCUAACAAUACUUAAUAAAUGCCAGUGGUAAAUUACUGAUAUGCAUUAUCUCUUGUUUUCUAGGAUUUACUUUGGUAGUCAUGAAACAGUCAUUAGAAUGUUAUGGGAGAUAUUGAUCAUCUCGGUGAUACUACAAGUACCUCCAACAGUCAAAGGCUGUACCAGUAGCUGCACUUGUCAUCAGGAUUCUAUUGACUGCUCUUCCAGGCUCCUGACUAGUGUACCUCAUGAUCUGUCUCCUGAGCUCCACAUCGGACCACAGGAAGGAUCUCUACUGCCUGAUACAACCACGACUGUCACCACCUUGAACCUUGCAAACAACCAGUUGCAGGAGCUUCCAACCUCGUUGAUUUCUGAACGGCUCCCUCACUUACGAACUUUAGACUUGUCAAACAAUAAAAUUCAAGAUAUUUAUAAAAUCCAAAGUGUUGUUCUAAGUAAGGAACUGCUCUACUUGAAACUUGGCUCCAAUCCUAUAAAGAAUUUGGGAUUCAACUCUGACAAUGUGCUCUACAGCCAGUCUGUUUUUCACUUGGACAUUUCUGAUUGCAACAUCAACUCCAUUACGAACCCAGUCACGUUCAUGUACAUGUUGAACUUGACCCACCUGGACCUGUCUGGCAAUCCAUUGGUCGUCAUAGACCACUUGUUCUCUACCACACUCAGCCAUCUGGAUCUUUCACGAUGCCUCUUGGGUCUCAAUGACAAAGGUAUUAGAGAAGAAACAUUCACAAGUUUACCAAAGCUAGAAUUUUUAAAUUUAACCAUGAAUGCCCACUUAACAACAUUUUCUUUUUCCAAACCACUGUCUUCCUCACUUCUACAUUUGGAAUCAUCAUAUUGUGCUUUAGAAAAGUUGGAUUUGCGAUCUUUCCCUAACUUGCAACACGCAAUACUGAAAGGAAAUGUUAUAAAAAUUCUCUAUAACAAUAUGCUUUCUAAUAAUGAAAAUUUGCAAAAUCUUGACAUCUCUGAGAAUUCAAUUCAUCGUAUUGAGCUAAACGCCUUUAUGGGAGGCAAGUCCCUAAGGAAUCUUGAUUUGUCAUUGAAUCUCUUAUCAGAACUAAACUGGAGCUCUUUUCAUCACACUCCCCAGCUAGGGUAUUUAAAUAUUUCAAGAAAUUUAUUUGUUUUUUUGGAUGAAAUUCCAAUACCAUCAUUACUUAGUUUGGAUGCCAGUAAGUGUGAUAUCAUAAAAUUAAGCCCAAGGUUUCUAGCUAAAACACAAGAUAUUAGAUUCUUAAAUUUGUCUCAUAAUUCUAUUGAGAAACUACCGAGAAGACUAACAUCCAGGACAUUACUUAGUCUGGACCUUAGCUUCUGUAGGAUAUUUGACAUUCCAGAUGAAACUUUUCAAGAACUUCCCUCUCUUGUUAAUUUAGAUUUAACAGGAAAUCGCCUAACAACUUUAAAGAAUAGUUUACUAGAUCACCUCGUGAACAUUAGAGAGCUCAAUUUACUGAACAAUCCAUGGCACUGUGAUUGCACUGAUUUAGAAUUCCAAAAAUUAUGGAAGUAUCUUUCUUCUUACCCAGCAAAGAGCAAACAUCUUAAACUCCUCAUGUGUCACUCCCCGAAAGAACAUGCUGGAAUUUCAUGGGAAAAAAGUUGCUUUGCAAGUUUAACAUCAGAUGGGAAGACACCUAAAACUAAAGCAUGGAUGUCAUUUUUGGUUCCAUUCCUCACCCUGUGUUGUUUAUUGGCAGUUCUGGUAGUUAUCCGUCAAGCUUAUAUCUCUCAUGCACUGGAAGUACAGCACAGAGAGAACGUGAACCAGAGGCAAAGAAACUCUCCAAGUGGAGCAUUUCCCCCAAGAGUUCCUGUUCACUUUUUCGAUGAGGACUUGGAGAGAGGGAUACAACUCUCUGUUAAUGAGUCAACACAAAGAUCACCCAUAAGGGAACUGUCGAAACUGCCAAGUUAUGAAGAGGCUUUGCUCUUGCCCAAACUUCAAGAUAGAGAAGAUCUACAAAAAAUUGCUAAAAAAUAUGAAGACAGUGAUAGAUUUGAGAGGUCUGCGAAUGAAGAUUCACAGUCACCUAUUCUAGGAAGCAAUCAAGUAGAGGAGGCUACCAACCACCCCUCUACUUCUAGUCAGUGAUUUCUUUUUCUUAAACUCAAUCAACACCAAUAUUAUAUAGCAUCUUUCUAUUUAUACAUUGUAAUAUGAAUAAAGAACUAUUUUUAUAAUA